UCAACAGCAGCAAACUGAACUACUUGCAUAGUCUUUCAACUUGUUUACAAGUACUCUUUUUUUGGUGGUGGUCACAUAAUACAACUUCAUUUUUGUUCUUUUUUGGUGGUGGUCACAUGAAAUAGACAUAAAUUAUUCUCAUAGGACUUAGUAUUAGCCAGAGUCUACUAAAACAAGUAGCCAAAUUGUUUUCCUUCACUUCCUUUUUUGGUUCUAUAAAUUCUUUGUUUUAAUUAACAUCCUAAGAACUAGACACAAAUUAUGGACUUUACUAAGAUUUUCUUCUUGAUUUUUCAUUUUAUCUUGUUUUCCUUUGUUUGUUCAGUUCAUGGUAGGCUUUAUGACUACCCGUACGUGCCCCGUUUUCGUGCAUUGUCACAAAUUUCAUUGCCACCUUCCCCUGCACCUGAGGGUGCACCAAACACUAACAAUGGUAAGAAUUCAAAUGAUUCUGCAGCCAUUUUCAAUGUGUUAUCUUAUGGUGCUGUUGGUGAUGGUGUAAACGACGAUACACAAGCGUUUAAAAUGGCGUGGGAUGCUGCUUGUCAAGUUGAUUCAGCCAUUGUACUAGUUCCCUAUCACUAUUCUUUCAUGAUUCAAUCCACAAUCUUCACUGGUCCUUGUAAAAGUGGACUAGUUUUUCAGAUUGAAGGAACUAUUAUGCCACCAGAUGGACCUGAUUCAUGGCCAAAAAAUGUCAGUAAAAGACAAUGGUUAGUCUUUUACAGAAUUGAUGGAAUGUCAAUGCAAGGUGGUGGACUUCUAGAUGGCAAAGGUGAAAAAUGGUGGAAUCUUCCUUGCAAACCUCACAAAGGAAUAAAUGGAACAACUGUAGCUGGUCCUUGUGACAGCCCUGUGGCUAUAAGGUUUUUCAUGAGCUCAAAUUUGACAGUGCAAGGACUUAAAAUCAAGAACAGUCCAUUGUUCCAUUUGAGAUUUGACAGUUGCCAUGAUGUUCACAUUGAUUCACUUUACAUUAAAGCACCAUCUCAGAGCCCCAAUACUGAUGGAAUUCACAUAGAGAAUACAAAUGAUGUCACUAUACAAAAUUCAAUAAUCUACAAUGGUGAUGACUGUAUUUCAAUUGGAGCUGGUUGUUUCAAUGUUGAUAUAAGGAACAUGACCUGUGGUCCUAGUCAUGGAAUAAGUAUUGGCAGCCUAGGCAUUCGCAAUUCGCGGGCAUGUGUAUCGAACAUUACAGUUACAGAUUCAACUAUUAAGCAUUCAGACAAUGGUGUUAGGAUCAAGACAUGGCAAGGUGGAUUUGGUGCAGUAUCAAAGGUUACUUUCAACAACAUUAAAAUGGAAAAUGUCCGAAAUCCGAUAAUAUUAGAUCAAUACUACUGCAACAACAACAACAAGAGCUGUGCAAAUCAAACAUCAGCAGUGUAUAUUUCUGAUGUGAUUUAUUCAAACAUAAAAGGAACUUAUGAUGUGAGAAGUCCACCAAUGCGUUUGGCUUGUAGUGACAGCGUCCCAUGCACAAAUUUGACUUUUGUAGAUGUGGAAUUAUAUCCAGCUCAAGGACAGAAAAUUAUAGAACCAUAUUGUUGGAAUGCAUAUGGAGAUCUUAGGAGUUUUACAAUUCCACCAGUUUUUUGCCUGUUGGAAGGCAAACCUCAGUCAUUGCCAAGUAAUGAUGUUGGUCAGUGUUGAUAGAUUUAAAUGCUAAGAAUAGAAAGUUGUAAAAGAUGUAUUAUGGUUGCAUAGAAAAAGAUACUAGUAUGAUAAUCAAAGUAUGUAUUAAAGUUUUAGUUCUACUAAUAUUGUUGCAGAGGGACUAAAAACUAAAGUGUAAGCAUGUAUCCCUUUUGUUAAUGAUAUAAAUAUCUUUUAAACCGUGGUAA